AUGGCAUCGGAAACCGCCAGCGCAUCGCAGUGGGUCUCUCCCUCGUCGCGACCCCAGCACAUCGAGCAGCUCAUCUCGGGCGUCGACCGAUACAACCCACAGAACCUCGACGUCUUGCACGACUACCUGGCGCAGCAACUCGACGAUGGCUCCUACGAUCUCCUUGCCAACCUCGCCAUUCUCAAGCUCUACCAAUUCAACCCUGCCGACUUCAACUACGUUGUGGUCAUCAACAUCCUUCUAAAGGCGCUCGUAGCCGCUCCCCUGCCGGAUUUCAACCUGUGCAUCUCUCUGCUCGGCGAGGCACCUCUGCCGACUGUUCCAGUCAAGGCCGAGAAGGAAGCCACCACGACCGACGCAGACAAUGCUGGCUCGCUUUCUGGUGAUGAUGACGACGACGAGGUGGUCGAGAAACCCAAGGACGUCGCCUCUGCUGGCCACUUGACCGACCCAUUGAUUGUGCGCCUUUCGCAGCUCAGCACGUUGCUCUUCCAAGCCCGCUUCCGCGAGUUCUGGUCGACGCUCGCCAGCGAAUCAUACUCGGACGUGCGCGACUACGCUGCCAAAAUCAGCGAAUUCGAAAACGCAGCACGCAGGGUGGCACUCAACUCGGUCAAAGGAUCUUUCACCUCGAUCAGCGAAAAGCGCAUCGCCAACUACUUGAACCUUUCUGGCUCGCAGCUCGCCGAAUUUAUCAACGCACAAGAUGGAUGGAAGCUCGCUGAUGGCACUGUGAGCGUUCCUGCCAACCCGGACAAUGAGAUCAAGGCCACCGUCAUCAGGGAGGAGAUUUCGCUCGACCAGAUGCACAAGUUCCUUGCCCAGGCACAGUCGCCUCUUCUUCGCGCAUAG